UCCACACUUUUGAUCUUUUUCAAAGUGGUCUGCACUCCUCUUCCUGAGCAUUGAAAAAAAAAGUCUAGAAAAGCGUGACAGAGGCGCUAUAAACAAAUAUUGCGUUGUUGUGACGAGGGCUUCUUGUUUCGUUAGACACUUGGCAUCUGACCACGCAAAGGGAGGUUUUGCUUAUAAAGUACAGAGCCUUCUUAUUUAAUUUCAGUUGGGGACAAGAAGUCAAAUCGGCCAGAAGUCUGCCGCUGAAAGAUAUAGAGUAGUUAUUUCAGUGCUUAAAAUUCUUUGAAGGCGGUGAAGCAGAGAAUGGCGUUCAGUGAAAUUAUCGUCACGUUCUGUUUCCUCGUUUGUUUGCAAAAUCCCGUGGCCGAAGGAGGUCCAGUUAACUCAAAGCAAGUGGCUCAAGGAAUUGAUUUUCUGACAAAGUUUGGUUACCUGAUGAACGAUGACCCAAGAACGGGAACGUUGAGAUCACAAGCAGAUUUAGAGAAAGCUAUCAAAAUGCUUCAAAGAUAUGCCAACUUGCCAGAGACUGGGAAGAUGGAUGCAGCUACUAUUGCACAGAUGGGUAAAUCUCGUUGUGGUGUGGCAGACUACGGGAAUUAUAACUCCGAUAACACUCGACGAAAGAAAAGAUAUACUUUACAAGGAUCGUCUUGGAAGAAAAGGGAUCUGACAUACCAGAUUAAAUCUUUCACAAGAGACAUUAAUAGCCAAGAGACACAACGUCAAAUAUUUAAAAAAUCUUUUGAUCAGUGGAGUGCUGCUACAAAUCUUAGAAUCAAGGAGGAUCGACACGCCAACGAGAAAGACGUUGAUAUUCAUAUCAGUUUUGUGAACGGGUGGCACAACGACGCGUAUCCGUUUGAUGGACAGGGUGGAACAUUAGCGCACGCUUUCUACCCACACAACAACUUGGGACUUUCGGGUGAUGCACAUUUUGACGAUGCGGAGAAGUUUACCACAGGGACAAGUGCCGGUAUCAAUUUGGAUUGGGUGGCUAUUCACGAGUUUGGACAUGCUUUAGGUCUGGAGCAUUCCAAUGUGCGAGAAUCUAUCAUGUACCCGUGGUACAAGGGCUAUGUGCCUGAUGUAAAGCUCACUAAAGAUGAUAUCCUGGGAAUACAACAGCUUUAUGGAAAACCCAUCCAUAAACCAGGCCCCACAGAUGGCCCAGGUGCGACACCAGCACCAACAACCACUGAGCCUAUGCUCCCUGAGGAAAAUGAUGUUUGUUCCAUUCCUUCAUAUGACACGUUAUUCAUGGGCCCUGACAAGCGCACAUACGCGCUGAAGGGAACUCAAUAUUGGAUCAUCAAAAGUGCUUCGGGUGCAGGCUUGGAGAGUGGACCUCACAAGGUCAAAGACCUGUGGAAGGAACUUCCUAAUAAGAUAGACGCUGCCUACGCCUUAAGUGGUAACAGGCUGAUUUUCUUCAGCGGAUCCAACUACUGGCGUUAUUACUACGACAGUAAGCGUGAUACAUACAGAAUCGAACACAGAGAGCGUAUUAUCACAGAAAUGGGGCUACCAAUGGAUUUAAAAGACAUGGACGCUGUCUUUACCUGGGGAAGAAACGGGAAAACGUAUUUCUUUAAAGGAGACAAAUAUUGGCGCUACUACCGCGGCUCGAUAGAUGCAGGCUACCCAAGGAGUAUCAGAGUUUGGGGAGGGGUGCCGGCAAAUUGCAAUUCUGUUAUGAAGUGGAGGAACGGCAAAACUUACUUCUUCAAAGGAUCGCAAUAUUAUAGACUCGAUGAUUGGAAGAUUGCAGUUGAGGCUAAUUAUCCCAAGAGUAUAGCGUUGAAAUGGAUGAGAUGCGAGAAAGAGAACCUGGCCUUAGAGAAAACCACUGAAACAGGCGUGGUGGUGAAGGGAGUGCACGGGACACGGGGAUACCCGUGUGAACAUGAUCAUGAAGUCUCGUCUGGGUCAGCGGUCUAUCAGAGUGCUUCUACGCUUUGUUUAGUAGUUUUGGCUUUUCUUAAACAGAACUUUUAAUUUGGAGUCAUUUUUGUGUACCGGCAUAGAUAAUUGACUUCCAAUAGAAUUAAACUCUGAAAUGAUGUCAAAGAGGCCAGGUCAUCCAGGUCUUCCAGGUUCUGAGUUAGUGGAGACGAGCGAAGGUGGUCAGGAAAUUAUAAUUUAUUGCAUUUGCUUCCAUCAUUUUUUGUGUGCAUGCCAACGCAAGAUUUUCUAAAUUCUUCGUGCUCUUAGCUUCCCUAAUAACUGAGGCAGUUGGUUUUUUUUUUUUUUUUUUUUUUUUUUUUUUUUUUAAAGUUAGACCGUUUAUAAUUUUUUAUGUAGUGCAAGUUAUAUUUUAAUUUUGUCUCUGUUGUACAUAGUUAGGAAAGGUGAGAAGCUUUUCAAAUUGUAAAAAUUAUUUUAAUGAUGAAAAGAAAUAUUGAGCAAAAUGAUUAUCCAUUAAACUGAGAAGUUUCUUAUGAAAACCGCAUGGCGUAAAAAUGAUUGGACGUGUAAUUUAUUCUUAAAUAAAUAUAGAUUUGAAUGGUUGAUGUUUUAUAUCUUAUUUUCUUAUAUUAGCUAUACUGAAUCUAUAGAUUAUUUGUAAAAAUAUAAAUUCAGUUUAUGAAUGAAGAUUGUCACCACUUAUGGUUAUAUUUUAAAGUUUAGAGGUUUUUUAAUAAAUUUUUUU